CAUAAAUUGCAAAACAAUGAACUUUAAAAUUUGUAUUAAAAGAUGACAAAUUAUGAAUCUAUAAUAAUUUAAAUCAAAUUGGAUUACAUCUCGGUCAUCCAUCAGUUAAGUCGGUUAGUUUUGGUGUUUAGUGAUUUUUAAAGGUUUAGAAUAUUGCUUUAUUUGAAAAACUAAACGAAUUAUCGAAUCACCGAAUUAACCGCUUUGACACGGGUCAUAGUCGAAUUAAAAAGCACAACGUAAAAUGCAAAAAUAUUUUAAAUACACAAUAUUUUUACAAAUUAACAAAAUAUUUUUUAAGUUACUAGUGGAAAUUUUAUCAUAAAAUAUUAUGUACUUGCAAAGUGCGGUUCAAAAGCGAGUUUGAUAUUAUAGUUGGAGAUAAAAAAAAUAUGAUAUUGAAUCAUAAAAUUUAGUGUGAUUUCAACACCAAAUUUGAUGUUAUGGUUAGAGAUGUCUUAAAAUCAUUUAUUUAUACCUUAACAUCUACACGCAAAACAAAAAUUGUUGUUUUAAUUUAUCUUAAUACAAGUUUAGUAUUUCAACGGUAAAAAUGCUUCCUUUUUUAAUGGUCAAGCGGUAAAAAUGCUUAGUAGACAAAGUUUAAUUAACUCUAACAUCAUGUAUAUCCCUAUUAUUUCAAUAAGGUUUAUAAGAGAUUUUUUUUUAGUAUAUUAGUGAUCUCAUAUCUCUUAUUUCAUAUUUCAUAUAAGAUAUUCUUAAGCUUUAUAUAUUUAAAUAUUAUUUUAUAUUUUUUUAUUGAUGGCAUUUUUUUUAGAAAAUAAGAAUAAGGAUGUUCCAACGUUAACCUCUUUUUUUUGCAACAAACAACUAUUCUAUUACUGAAACUUGAGUUGAUAUGGAUAACUAUAUCAUAAUAGAACAACCAAUAAAACAAAGAGAUCUAUGAAAAGAACAGGCGUUCCUAUCUAGCGAAUCAGCAAUUUCAUUUUGCGUCCUUGAGAAGUAACUGAUUUUGAAGUUUGGAAAACACAUCUGGAGAAUUUGAAUGACCUCCACCACAGCUGUGAAAUUUGACCAAGCUUGUGGGUUCGCUAUCAUUGCAAUCAGGUCUUUGCAAUCUGCCUCAAAUCUCUUACAGGCCGAAUGAUGUAACAUGCUCGUCAUUGCUCAUCUUAACGCUUCACUUUCGGAGUGUAGUAUUGUCUCAUGCCUUCUUAAGUUAUUUGUCCCCAUAAGCUAGAUUUUCCCUAUGAUAUCCUUCCACACCAAUCAAAUUCCACUAAAUUGAUAUGUGGAGGUCCAUAAACCAUCCAUCAUACAAAUAUUAUUCAAGCUUAAGGCUUGUGUUUCUUCAACAAUUUGUGUAUGUGGAGGAACAUGUAUAGUAUCAUUUGCAUUGUACCAGACCUGACACUUCUACAUAUCUGACUAGCUCCAAUGAGUCACUAUCUAUACUUUUGAAUAACCUUCGAAAUGUACCAAAUUAGUCAAGGAUAAUGAUCUCUAUCAUCUUAUGGCUCCAUAAUACUAUUUUUCUUCCAAAAUAGAUGGUCCAUGUUAGUGUAUACCUCUUAUUACUUUAUUUUUUUGGAGGGUAUACUAAAUCUCUCAGAUAGUAUUUUUGAGUUUUUGUCACAAAAUAGCUCUGAAAAAAUAAAAUGGCUAAAAUAAGCCUUUUUUAUUUUGAAAUUUUUAAUUUUUAUUUUAUUUGUUUAAAUUUGCUCAUUUCUUCGUUGAAUGCUAUUUUGUGACAAAAACUUAAAAAAAUUUAUCUUACGAAAUUUCUCCAAAAAAAAUGUCCCUUUCGAAAUUUAUAUUAGUGUAUACAUUUUGACAUUGACGAAAUAAGAGUUGGCUAAGUUGUGGUGCAGCAUUAUGAAAUAACAUAUUAAUAAAUGGAAAUGGUUAGUUGUAUACUUGUUUUAUUAACUACGAGAUAGUGAAAGGACAUUGAGAAUAUUAAUUACAAUAUGCUGUAGAUUUAAUAAUGCUGUACCACAACUUAGCCAACUCAAUUUAUAUUAUUAACUUUUUUAAUAUGUUAGCCUUGAGAGGAAUGCGGUACAUAAUUAACCGGAUAUGAUACUACGGUUCUGAUAUAUCAUCGAGUUUGGAUUGAUUUUCGAUUAAUGCUAAGGAUAAUAAGACUAUGGGCAAUUCUCUCAAAUAACUCUUCUUAAAUUUUUAUUACAAAAUAACACUCAAAAAGAAAAAUGACUAAAAUAUUUUUUUUUUUGAAAUUUUUAAUAUUUAUUUUUUAUUUUUUACAAUUUGAAACUUUUUUCCUAAAAUCUCGCCUUCUAAAUCUUAUAUCUAGAUUAGUUAAUCUUAUGGUAAAUUUUUACCCUUUAAUAAAAUUUAUUUUGACUAUUUUUUUUAUUCAGGACUACUUUUAUAAAAAUAAACUAAAAAUAGUUAUCCUAUAGAAUUUCUCUAAAAUGAUUUGUUAUGAAACUACUAUAUUAACUGUUUAGGCUGAAAUCUAAAAUUAAUCUAAGAAAGAAUCGAAUCCAAACUGUUUAAAAUUUUGCUCCUGACUAAUGGUUACCACUAAACUACCACUAUUUCAUUGAGAUCGUUAUUAUUUAUUUUCCAAUUUUUUAAUUUUAUUAAACAAAAUGACUAUAAAAUUUGAAUAAACGUUUACUUAUUAGAUGAAUAUAGAAAAUACGAUGUACUGUAAUGUAAAAAGUAGGAAGUUGAAAAUGAAAACCAUUAUACAUAAGUCGUACGAACAAGAACUAUAAUUUCUGUGUGAAGUGGGAACAUCACUGGAGAAAGAUCGCGAGAUCCAAGCAAAAUCGCGGAUGUCAUCAAGUGCCGAUUCAGCUCGUGAGCCCUUGCUACCUAAGGAGCAGUUAGAUCCCAUGAACACAACAAAAUCAAGAACAACCUCUUCAAGCAAAAGAAGACUGCGUCGCUCUAGAAGCGCUCCUCGCGGUGAUUGUACGUACGACGACAACGAUGUCAAAACCGAUGAACCCCCUCUUCAUCCCAGUCAACUGUUCAAUCUAAACCCGAACCUCAGACGAGUCAUCAUGUUCUUGGCUUUAUAUCUCACCAUCGGUACUCUCUGUUUCUACCUCGUGAGAAACCAGAUCUCCGGUCACAAGACCAACGGUGUGUUGGAUGCCGUCUACUUCUGUGUUGUCACCAUGACAACCGUUGGAUACGGUGACCUUGUCCCUAGUAGCUCUGCCUCGAGGCUACUCGCUUGUGCCUUUGUCUUCUCAGGAAUGGUCCUCGUGGGUCACCUUUUAAGCCGAGCGGCGGAUUAUCUAGUGGAGAAGCAAGAGACUUUGCUCGUCAGGGCUUUUCAUCUGCGUCAAAGCUCUGGUGGUCCACUAGACAUUCUCAAGGAGUUGCAAACUAACAAGCUGAGAUACAAAUGUUAUGUCACGUUCAUUGUCUUUGUAGUUCUCUUUAUUGCUGGUACUGUUUUCCUUGUAACGUUUGAGAAAAUGCCUGUUAUUGAAGCUUUCUACUGUGUUUGCUCCACGGUUACUACAUUGGGUUAUGGAGACAGAAGCUUUAACUCUGGAACAGGACGCCUUUUCGCUGUGAUUUGGAUCUUGACGAGUACUAUAUGUUUGGCUCAGUUUUUACUCUAUGUAGCUGAGCUAAAUGCAGAAACCAAACAGAGGGAGUUGGUGAAAUGGGUUUUGACAAGGAGGAUUACAAACAAUGAUCUUGAAGCAGCUGAUCUUGAUGAAGAUAGAGUUGUGGAAGCUGCAGAGUUUAUUGUAUAUAAGCUGAAAGAAAUGGGGAAGAUUGAUGAGAAAGAUGUAGCUGGGAUCAUGGAAGAGUUUGAGAACCUCGAUUACGAUGAAUCUGGAAACCUGACCAACUCUGACAUCGUUCUAGCUCAGGCCCAAAGGUAAAGCAGAAUCUUUUUGUUAAGUUACAUACAUGUAUGCAAGCAACUACAAGAAGGAAAAGAGAGUGAACAGUUUUCUUUUAAAAGUGUUGUUUGUUUCUGUUUGUGUUUUUGUACCGUAAUGCCAUAGACUCACUCUAUAACUGUUUUGUGAUGUCUUGAGUGGAUUUUUACACGUAUACACACUGUCUAAGCAAAUAGGAUCUUGCUAUUGAUCUGA